AUGAGAGGUUACUACAUCAGUAAGAAUCUGGGCCUGGUGGGGCUUGUACUGGGGGCUGGAGCUGUGCUUACUAUUCUAGGUUUGUCCAUUGCCCUCAACCGGGAGAAGGCCAGGAAAUGGGAAAAGCCUUGCAGUGGAUCAACAGGCAUCUCCACCGUGCCUACACCAAGUGGCACUCCAACCAACACCUCCUCCCCGUCGACCACCCCCCUGGCUCCCAUGGAGCCCUGGGAACGCUACAGACUACCGGACUCCGUGGUUCCAAUCUCCUAUAAUGUUACACUUUGGCCUCAGUUGGAGCCUAAUGAAGACGGCCUGUACAUCUUCACAGGAUACUCAACGGUGGUAUUUACCUGUGUGAAGACGACCGACCUGAUCCUCAUCCAUGCCAACAAGCUGAACUUCACCUACUUCAUGGGCCACCACGCAAUGAUAUCAAGCCUGGACGGAACUACGGCGGUCAACACAAGGAGGUCUUGGUUGGUUGAGAAGACGGAGUAUCUGGUCAUUCAGCUGGCUGGCAGAUUAGCAGCUGGAAAGUCUUAUGUACUUCAUACAAAGUUCCAAGGAGAACUUGCAGAUGACCUGGAAGGCUUCUAUAGAAGUGAAUAUGUUGAGGAUGGCAUAAAUAAGGUUGUAGCCACCUCUCAGAUGCAGGCAACAUACGCCAGGAAAGUGUUCCCCUGCUUUGAUGAGCCAGCCAUGAAAGCCAUCUUCAACAUCACCCUCAUCCACGACAGAGGCACCGUGGCUCUGUCCAACAGCAGGGAAAGUGAGACUGUUGACACGGUCAUUGACGGCAUCGCUGUCAGAAAAACAACUUUUGAGCCCACGGCGAGGAUGUCCACAUACCUGCUUGCCUUCAUCGUGUGUAACUUCAGCUACAUUGAAUCAGUGAAAAAUGGCAAUGUGAUGGUUCGAAUCUGGGCUCGAAGGAAAGCCAUCUCAGAAGGGCAGGGUGACUAUGCUCAUAAUGUGACAGGACCCAUUCUGAAAUUCUAUGAGCGCUACUACAAUGCAACAUACCCCCUCUCUAAGUCAGACCAGAUAGCGCUUCCUGACUUUAACGCAGGAGCAAUGGAGAACUGGGGCCUGGUGACCUACAGGGAGACUGCCCUGCUCUAUGACCCCGCCAUCUCCUCCAAUGGAAACAAAGAGAGAGUGACCACUGUCAUCUCCCAUGAGCUCGCUCACAUGUGGUUUGGUAACCUGGUGACUCUGAGGUGGUGGAAUGAUCUGUGGCUCAAUGAAGGCUUUGCCUCCUAUGUGGAGUACCUUGGAGCUGACCAUGUUGAGCCCACCUGGAAUAUUAAAGACCAGAUCAUUCUCUAUGACAUUCAUCGAGUGUUUGCUGUCGACGCUCUGGCUUCCUCUCACCCGCUGUCCUGUCGAGAGGAUGAAGUGAACGACCCAGCUCAGAUCAGCGAGAUGUUCAACACCAUCUCCUACAGCAAGGGGGCGGCGGUGGUUCGAAUGCUGUCCGAGUUUCUGACAGAGCCCGUGUUUGCUAGAGGCCUCAGUUCGUACCUAAAUACGUUUGCCUUCAAUAACACGGUCUAUACAGAUUUAUGGGACCAUCUCCAACAGGCAGUCGAGAACACACCGGGAAUGCAGCUGCCACACACCGUCCACGACAUCAUGAACCGCUGGACCCUCCAGAUGGGGUUCCCAGUGGUCACCAUCGACACCCGAAUAGGACACGUCACCCAGAACCACUUCCUCCUAGAUCCAGACUCUGUCGUGGAUAGGCACUCCGAGUUCAAUUACACCUGGUUUGUACCAAUUAAAUGGAUGAAGAGAGGUGUGGAACAGAAGCAGUAUUGGCUCCUUCACAAGACAGACACGCACAAUCCGAUGAGAGCAUCUGGAGAGGACUGGGUGUUGGCCAACACUAACGUGUCUGGAUACUUCAGGGUGAACUACGACCCUGAAAAUUGGGAGCGUCUCCUCCACCUGCUCAACAGCAACCACCAGGCUCUUCCAGUCAUCAACAGAGCACAAAUACUGGAUGACGCCUUCAACCUAGCGAGAGCCAAAGUAAUCAGUACUACCUUGGCCCUGAGAACAACCAAGUACCUGUUUAAUGAGAGGGACUACAUUCCCUGGGAGUCGGCUCUGAGAAACCUCCGCUACUACAUCCUCAUGUUCGACCGCACUGAGGUCUACGGUGCUCUGCAGGCAUAUCUCAGGAAACAAAUCCAACCUCUUUUUGAGCACUUCAGGAUGCUAACGGCUAACUGGACCAAAAUACCGCAGGAGCACAACGACCAAUAUAACCAGAUCAAUGCCAUAUGGGUGGCCUGCAGUAUGGGUGUGGAGGGCUGUAGAGAACUGACCAAAAGCUGGUUCAGACAAUGGAUGGAAAACCCUGGUCACAAUCUGAUUCAUCCCAACUUGAAGAGUACAGUGUACUGCAAUGCCAUAGCCUGGGGUGGCAUGGAGGAAUGGGACUUUGCCUGGAGAAUGUUCAAGAAUGCCACUUUGGCAAGUGAAGCAGCCAAACUGAGGUCGGCCCUAGCUUGCACCAAAGCACCUUGGCUUUUGAACAGGUAUUUGGAAUACACCCUGGACGCAACCAAGAUUCGGAAGCAGGAUGCUACCUCCACCAUCCAGGCCAUCGCUAAUAAUGUAGUGGGAAUGCCACUGGCCUGGAACUUCAUCAGAGGGAAAUGGAACUACCUUUUUCAACAGUAUGGAAAAGGAUCCUUUUCCUUUUCUAAUCUAAUCAGCGGAAUGACGAGGCGAUUCUCUACCGAGUUUGAGCUGCAAGAACUGAAGCAGUUCAAAAAAGAUAAUCUGAACAUUGGUUUUGGCUCAGCGACCUUGGCUAUGGAGCAAGCCAUAGAGAAGACCACAGCCAACAUCAAAUGGGUGAAGGAGAACAAAGACCAUGUGCUGAACUGGUUCACAGAGGAGUCCACAUGA